AUAUUACAGAAUCUGGUAACUGGUGAAGUGAAUCAAGCUGUUUUAGAGGCUGCAACAAAUGUAUUCAUGAAUCGCGAUUCUGAGUUAAAGGCUCAUAUAAAUUUUGUUGAAGAAACAAUGUGGGGAGAGUCAAAGCUACCUAUUUAG